AGCAGUUUGUGACUCUGUAGGACGUCGCGGCCCCCACUCGGCAACGCCAUCCACUCUUUUAUUCUCCUUCCCCGAGAAAGCUGCCAAGCUAUUACUGAAUCUUCUACUUCUCCUCCCCGUAGUGCUCAUUCAUAAAUGCCUCCGAUGUCUGCAAAUCCGGCGUCGAACGCCACCGCUGCGACGAAGCGCGCCGAGGCAGAGCAGCUGACUCGCCUCAUGGCCCUCUACCGUGCCGUGUGCGUCCGCCACGACGAGCUCGGCAUGGAGGUGGUGCUGAACGACAUCUUGGCGUUCUUCACCAACACGCAUCAGCACGAGCAAGCUGAAGCGUUUAUCGCGACGUGCAACAUCACCCUGCCGCACCGCGCAAACAACCAGGCUGCUCGUUACUUCUACUACGUCGGCCUCACCCGUGCUCUGCGUCUGGAGUACGUGGAUGCGCACCAGUGCCUGCAGCAGGCACUGCGCAAGGCUCCUGAGCGUGCCUUUGGCUUCCGCAUUGCUGCGACAAAGCUGUCGCUCGUCGUGCAGCUGCUGCUCGGCGAGAUCCCCCCGCGCUCUGACUUUCUUGCAAAGGACAUGCGCGAGAGCCUCGGGCCGUACCUGCAGCUCGCGUCGUGUGUGCGUUUCGGCCAGGUCGGCCGCUUCAUGACCCUGCUGCGCGAGAACCAGGUCACCUUCGAGCACGACCGCACCCACUCGCUCAUCCUGCGCGUGCGUCAGCAUGUGAUCAAGACCGGGCUGCGUCGCAUCUGCCAAGCCUACAGCCGCAUUAGCAUCUCCGAUGUGUGCUCGAAGCUGACCAUGAGCAACGUGUCGGAUGCCGAGUACAUCCUCGCCAAGGCCAUUCGCGAUGGCGUGAUCGACGCGGUGCUGGACAACGAAAAGGGCGAGCUCAUUUCGAGCGACAGCAUCGACGUCUACUCCACCUCGGAGCCGCUCUACGCGUUGCAGCGUCGAAUUCAGUUCCUGAACGUCACGCACAACGACGCGAAGCGGGCGAUGCGGUACGACGUGACGGACCCGGAGAUUCUAGAGGAGCGCCGCAAGGAGGCGAAGGCCGAGCGCGACGAGCUCGAGCGCGCCAUCCAAGACGAAUCGACCGGCAUGGACAACGUGAACUUCGAGGACGGUCUGUAA